AUGGCGCCCAGAAAGACCAGGCGGCAGCCCGCCAAGCGCACACCUAUGGGACCUCUAAUCUGGUCGUUCAAAGCUCGUCGCUGUAAAUAUCGUGUUAAGUCAGUGAACUCAUCACGCCUGUGUUGUUUGUUGUGUCUCUGCAGGUACGACUACAAGGAGAUGCUCCACAACUCUACCUUCUGUUUGGUGCCCCGCGGCAGAAGACUGGGCUCCUUUCGCUUCCUCGAGGCUCUGCAGGCUGCAUGUGUGCCUGUGAUGCUGAGUAACGGCUGGGAGCUGCCUUUCUCCGAGAUCAUCGACUGGAACACAGCCGCAGUCAUCGGCGACGAGAGGCUCCUGCUGCAGAUUCCCACCACCGUGCGCUCCAUCCACCAGGAUAAGAUCCUGUCCCUCAGACAGCAGACUCAGUUCCUCUGGGAGGCCUACUUCUCCUCUGUGGAAAAGAUUGUGCUGUCCACACUGGAGAUCAUCCAGGACCGGGUGUUGGAGCACAGCUCCAGGAGCAGCCUGAUGUGGAACAGUCACCCUGGGGGGCUCUUUGCCUUGCCGCAGUACUCUGGAUACCUGGGAGACUUCCCCUUCUACUACGCCACGCUGGGUAUUAAGCCGUACCCAAAGUUCACAGCCGUCAUCCAUGCCGUCUCCCCUCUCGUGUCCCAGUCCCAGCCCAUCCUCAAGCUGCUGGUAGCUGUGGCCAAGUCCCAGUACUGUGCACAGAUCAUCGUCCUGUGGAACUGUGACAAACCUCUCCCCGCCAAACACCGCUGGCCUGCCACCUCAGUGCCCGUCAUCGUCAUCGAGGGGGAGAAUAAGGUGAUGAGCAGUCGUUUCCUGCCCUACGAGACCAUCGUGACCGAUGCCGUCCUCAGCCUGGAUGAAGACACAGUGCUGUCCACCACAGAGGUGGACUUUGCCUUCACAGUCUGGCAGAGUUUUCCAGAGCGAAUCGUAGGCUACCCGGCUCGCAGCCACUUCUGGGACAGCAACAAGGAGCGUUGGGGUUACACAUCCAAAUGGACCAACGAUUACUCGAUGGUGCUCACUGGGGCCGCCAUCUACCACAGGUACUACCAUCACCUGUACACCAACUACUUACCCACGAGUCUGAAGAGCAUGGUGGACCAGCUGGCCAACUGUGAGGACAUCCUGAUGAACUUCCUGGUCUCUGCUGUCACCAAGCUGCCGCCCAUCAAGGUCACACAGAAGAAACAGUACAAGGAGACCAUGAUGGGACAGUCCUCGAGGGCGUCUCGCUGGGCCGACCCGGACCACUUUGCCCAGCGGCAGACCUGCAUGAACAAGUUCACCAGCUGGUUUGGCGCCAUGCCUCUGGUCCACUCCCAGAUGAGACUGGACCCCGUCCUGUUCAAAGACCAGGUCUCCAUCCUCCGCAAGAAAUACAGGGACAUCGAGAGGCUCUGACAGGACCGGCGCCCCCUCGGGGGAGACCCCACGCAGGGGGAGGCGCGAGAGAGAGACUCGGUGGAGAGUAGAAGGACCGCAGCGGGACGGACGGCGAGCGACGCGGCUCUGUCUUCCACUCAGCACAUUGCCAACGACCACAGCACGGGAAACGGAUGAAUAGGAAACAAGCAGAUGGGCGUUUGGAUACGAGAAAAACACACAAACAAAAGCCGCAAACACAGACAGACAAAAGAGGAGUACACAAACUGACGGACACGCCAAACAGCUCUGUGUGGUGUUUUUUCAAAUGUGCAAACAUGCAGCGCUCACUACUGACGACGAGAACUCUUGGAUAGAAUAUUUUUUUGUACAACAUCGACGACAUUGACUAUUCCUGCUCUCUCGGCACAUGUGCAGGAUGGUAGAAGAGGGGAGGUGAUUGCAAACCUGGCAACACCACUCACCAUGAAUUGUACCGGUCGACUCUACCCCCCCCCCCCUGCAUCAGGACAUAAUACUGGACUCAUAAGCAAACUCCAGCUGUUAGAGCUGAUUUGAUUUCUGUACAAAUCAGCUCGCCUGGUAUCACUGUUGACCCUUUCUUCUUCUUCUUCUUCUUCUUCUUGUGAGAGGUUCAAAAGCAGAGAGUCAUCACUUUAAUGUUUCCACUCUCAAAGGUAGAACAUGUAAACAGCAGAGUCCGACCUGUUCUCACGGAGCCCUGACAAGGUUGUGAUAUCAAAGCAGACAUUAUUUCCUGAGAUUUUAGUAAUCGACACACAUCCUUGAGCCUGAAAACAUCCCGCCGCUCAUUCCUCGAUAUUGCUUUUAUAACGGCCUAUCUGCUUUUUCUGUUAUCACUGAGAUAAGUUAGAAAAACAUCUCGUUUCAUAUCCCAUUUUCCCCGCUUGUUGUACUUCUCUCAUCAGUUUUUUUUCUUCUUCUUCUGCUUUCAUCUUCUUUUAUUUCUCCCCUUCCAACUCUAUGUACUUUCACUCCUCUGUAUGUGUGUGUGUGUGAGUGUGUGUGAGUGUGUGUGUGUACAGAGCCUUGAAAAGUUGGCUCAUCCAACCAUAAGCUCAAGCAGAGUACAUUUUCCCUCCGUUGGAAUGAGCAAAAUGAACAUUUCUGGAUGAAAUGGAGCAGAACGUUGCAUUCUAACCCAAACUCAUUUCGCCCAUUUAUUUUUUUCCUUCAAAGUCCUCGGAGCUUUUUUUUUUUACCCCUUAAACGGGCAAAAUGGAAUCAAAUCUCAGACCAUAGCAGGUCUUUAGUGACCUGUGUUAUUUUACAGGAGUGCUUGUAAAGAGUUUUUUUAAUGCUGAGCGCAUCAGUGCCAAUGUGACAUCAGGGUCUGCCUUUAAAAGUUGUUUUAUUGCACAUUACGUUGCCUACAUCGCUUUGAGACGCCUAGAUGCUCUCGCGUUUCAAUAUCGAGUCAUCAGUCCGACGCGGGCUCACCCCCGCUGUCGGGUAUUUUGUCCCCCUUUUCCGUGACAUAUCAGAGGUCGUUAAAGUGACAAAAGGUUUUCUCCUCCAUUUGUCACUCUAGAGAGAUACACGUUUUUUUUUUUUUUCCCGCUUCAAUUAGGUGAACCUAUUUCAUUUGGAGUGCUGUUUUUAUUCCCAGGGGACAAGCUGUUGAUGAAACACUCACAUUAUGGACCAUUGUGUUGUGAAAGCAGUGACCCACAAACAUGACCUGCUAGCUAAUGCUAGCCUUGGGAGGACACCUUCCCCCCCACCCCACCCCACCCCCCUCACAUCACAUCAAACCGGCUGACAGUUUGCACCUUAAAUAACGUCGUUUAUAUUGAACAGCCCGGAUCAAAAAACGCUAUCUCUCCACCCUUAAGUGAUCGUUUCUAAGAGGACACGGCGAGCUGAAACACGGCUGUCAUUAGGGACGGCGUGCAGCGUGCGGGGCCGAGAGCACAGGCGGUCCACUCUCACACUUAGUUUGCAGACACUUGAAUGAAAGCAGCAUGCUUUUAGUGGCCUUUCUGUCGGGCAGACGUUCAGUUUUUAAUGUGUCUGCCAAAAGCUGCUCAGUGUGAGUGUGUUAGUCGACAUCAUCAUCAGCACACAUUCAUCGACUGUUUGACUUUUAUUUUCAUCCAUUUUAAAUGUUUUAUCUACACAUGUUUUAUGUUCACAUGUAUUCUAACGUCAACAAAGAGUCAUAUUCAAGAAAACUACUGUUUCAUAUCAAAGCUGGUUUUUAUCUUCUUCAUGUUUGUUUGUAUUCUUUUAUUCUGGGACUCAAAGUUUGGAUUUUGUACUGGUUUGCCAGGAGAGAUUUUAUGAUCUGUUUUAAUGUUCACUCGUCUACGGCGCAUGACUCUGGGAAAAAAUGUGCUCCUCUUUACGUUUGCAUCUGGUCCCGUUUUCUUCCCCGUACUGUUUCAAUCCAUAUCCAUAAGUUUUUUUUUUAUGUUUGAUCAUUAGAGUCAAUGUUGUUGAUCAUCUCAAUGAGAACCAUGUCCCCCUGGCUUUGCAAGAUAUUCCACACUAAAAAGAGACCAUCCAAGCCCGUUCAAGCCCGUGCCACAUCUUAGCACUGUACAUAGACGUAUAUUUAUUUUUAUUGGGAAAAAAAAGAACAAAAAAGGACUGUGUACGAUUUGAGAUGACGUGGCGAGAACAUAAGACUGAUCCUGCAUCGCUGAGGGGAGUUAAUGGUAUUUAUUCAGUUUAUUUUCUACACGCUGUGCACAUUAAUCCACAAAGAUGCCAAUAAACAGCUCAUAUUGUGUUUCACUCUGCAGAGGUUUUCUUGGCCGACGAAUCCCGCUCGAUUUUAAAACAAAAAAACAAAAAACUUGCAUACGGCCGAUGAUUUGGAUUUGGACGCAGCAUCUUUGGCUCUCUGCGGGAGUCAAAUUGCAAAGUCCCAAUAAAAAUCUGCGCCAACCGAAACAUGGAAAAUGAUAAGCAGCUGGGUCCUCUGAAGCAGAUGGAAACGUUUUUCAGACGCUGCUGUGACAUCGUCCCCUCAAGCUCUAAAAGAAUGGCUCUGAGGCGGUGACACUUCGAGGGAUUUCAAUUGGAUUUUUUUUUUUCAGGUCAAGAAUUUUGGCUCCCAAAUCUUCCAGUUGGCGUAGUUUAAAGUUCAUCGAGCUCGUUUGGGAUUUAGGCCAACCGGGAAAACCUCUGCAUCCGCUUCAAAAUGCCUCUUGUCAUGUCAUGUCGUGUGAGCUGGGGGGAACUUUAUGCAAGUUAUCAUUUUGUGCUUCAAAACAGAUGGAUGAAGGUUUACCCAAAAUGUGCCAGGCAGUCGGUGUUUAUAGAAAAAGAGUCUGUUCUUGAUUUUGUGCCUUUUAUCAACAUGUGAGUUCUCGACAUGGCGAGCGCUGUCGUGUUGUUUUCAAGUCAACGGGCGGCGACAGCAACAGUCCUGCUUUCAUACACUGGAUGAGUCACAGCCUCCAUUCUUCUUAGCUUAAAAAAAAAAUGCGCCCCCCCUUUUUCAUCCUUGUGUUUUGGACACUGUUGCCAAGGCGACGACGACGUAUGACCACUUCCUGUUUGGGAUUAUUUAUCAGAGAUUGUCUGCAUCACGUCAGCAGUUCCAGUUCUGUCUGUUGAUGUGAAACGGACUCGGGUCGGGCCCAGCUGUUCUGAUGCCUUCUCCUCCCUCCUACCUUGUAAUUAACAGAAGACUUUUAUAGAGGUCACAAAUGAAAUAGAUAAAUGCCAAUUUUGUAAGAAUGAUUUAUAAAAAAAAUAAACUCAUAUUUGAUGAUAA